AUGGCAUCCUCCACCAAAUUCACCCUCGAGACCUGCACCACGGCCCUCACCCCAGCCACCCCCAAGGGCGCCAUCAUCCUGCACGCCGUGUCGGGGUCCGGCGUCUGGGGCAAGGGCAUCGCGUCCGAGAUCGGCGCGAUCUUGCCCGCCGCCAACAUCGAGUACACAGCCUUUUGCGACAAGAACAAGUCCUCGUCCGACGAGGCCUACCCGGCCCGCGACGGCGUCACCGGCCGCGCACUGCUCAUCCCGCCGCAGGCCCAGGACGCCGGCCAGGGCGCGCCAGAGGUCUACGUCGCGUGCCUCUUCACCAGCUACGGGAGCGGCGUCGCGGACGCGGACAGGGGAAAGCCGCCGCUGGACGUGCGGGACGUCAUCCUGGCGCAGACGAGGCAGGCGCUGAGGGACCUGCGGCUGCAGCUGGACGACCUGGCCGGCGGGGGUGGUGGCGGCGGCAAGAGGAGCGUCGGCAGCUCGGUCGGGACCGCAGGUUUGGCUACGCCGCCCGUCAUCUACUCGCCCAGGUUCAACUCGGGGGCGUUCCAUGUGCCAUGGGAGCAAACUGCUGCUCUGGUCGAGGAGGCUUUCGCCGGGUGGAACGGGAAGUGGUAUGUCUUUGAGCGACUGAGAUGA